GCGACUCGGCCUUUUUUAGAGGUGGGCUCAAGCAGGGAUCUCAAAGGCGGUACAAAAAGGUAGAUCAAAAGUGCCGCCCUGUUCCAGUGCUCGUAGCCGAGGAAAAGGAAGUAUACUACGAGYGGAAGAGAGAAUUGAUACGCCAGAUGCGGGAGAAUGYUGAGAGUAUGCCAUGUCGUAUCAAUCUGGAGACCGAGAAGGCGCUGAUUAUAAGGGAGCCUGGCUUCCUUACAGCGCAGGAAGAGAAGCUUAUGGUGGACAUCAUAAGAGGAAAGCACACUGCAUAUGCCUUCAAUGAUGACGAGAGAGGACGUCUGGACGUGGAUAAAAUCCCCAUGAUUAGGAUACACACCGUGCCGCAUGAGCCGUGGAAUUUGCGGGGUGCACGAUAUCCUAAUCCAGCUGAUGAGGAAAAGGUAGUCAACUACCUAGAUGGGAAGAUCCGCAUGCAUGUAUCAGACUACUCGAGCGAGCCGUAUGCAUCCUCCUGGUUUUGUUUUAUUAAGCCAAAUGGGACGUUGAGGUGGGUACAGGACUUGCAGCGCCUAAAUGCUGUGACUGUUAGAGACGCAGGUGGUCUCCCUAACGCAGAUGCGCUUUCAGAGGCAUGUGCAGGGAGGGCCAUUAUAUCUCUGAUAGAUCUAUAUUCUGGUUAUGACCUGUUUCCUGUAUACCCAUCUGACAGACCAAUGACGGCGAUGCAUACCCUUCUAGGGUUGAUCCACAUGAACGUUGCACCACAGGGGUGGACGAAUGCGGUCGCCAUGGUCCAGAGGCACAUGGUGAGGGCGAUGCAGCCAGUAAGCCCUCACAUCACUCAACCUUACAUUGAUGAUUUGACCGUAAAAGGGUCGAAGAAGAAGGAUGAGCGGGAGGUCAUGCCGGGAAUCAGACAGUUUGUCUGGGAUAAUGUGAAAGACUUAUAUCAAGUCCUGGACUUGUUAAAGGAGCAUAACCUCACCGCGGGUGGGCAAAAAUCCAAACAUUGCAUGAGUGGUACCACUAUCUUAGGAUUUGUGUGCGACGAGAGGGGUCGUCGGCCAGAUACUAAGAAGACGAACAAGAUUCUCGAAUGGCCAACCCCGUUGGAGACGAUGUCAGAAGUGAGAAGCUUCCUCGGCACAUGCGGGUUUUGGAGAAUAUUUAUUAAGGGGUUUGCGGUGAAGACAGAGCACCUGCGAAAGCUUGUGCGUCAAGGCCGAGAUUGGGAGUGGGGAGAAAUGCAGGAGGUGGUGGUAAGGGACCUGAAGAAGGAGUUUGAGGAAGGAGGUUUGGUACUGGGGGUACCAGACCAUGCUGCUGUAAUGACCAGACCCUUUAUCGUAGAAACUGACGCAGGACCGACUACCUUAGGAGGGGUUUUGAUUCAGAAGGACCUCAAUGGAGAGGAGCGUCCGCUAAGAUUCGAGAUUCGAACGCUUAACACCGCUGAACGAAACUACUCACAGUUCAAGCGCGAGACCUUAGCAGUCCUCCACUGCUUGAGGAUCUUCAGAAACUACCUCUUUGGCAGCAGGUUCUUAUUAAGGGUGGAUCCAACUGCUCUAGCCGGUUCUCUGAAGAAUUAUGCUCCCUCAGAUCCAACCAUUGCCCAAUGGCUGACGUACAUCUGGAUGUUCGACUUCGAGUUGGAGCGAAUUCUAGGGAACAAGAAUAGGGCGGACGGGCUGAGACAUGCACGAUGGCCAAACUUAGUCCUCAAGCCAUAUAUUGAAGAAGAUUCUUGGGGAAGGCCGGGCGUAGAAUGGAUGAUGGAGCUGGCAUUAGCAGGCAAGUAUGAGCUACAGGAGGACCUGCUCACGAUUGAGAGUGGGGCGCUACAAGUGGGUAAGUACGAGAAGAUGAUAGAUGGGGUGUACCUGCUGGCAAAUGCACUGCUUCAGGAAGAGACGGUAAAAAAUACGAUAGUAGACCAGGAAGAGGAGAUAGAGCCGGGAGGAGGUGACAACGUGAUCCAUGAGAGGGAGGAAGACGACUUUGAGGAAGGUGAGAUUAAAGAAGUCUUUCGAGCAGAAGAAUAUGAAGGGGUACACCUUGAACUCGGCAUGCUUCUUUCGUGCGAGAUGAGGGAAAGGGGUGCCUGCACGCGAGUUCUGAAGAUGAGGCCUAGUUUUCUGGUAAGGGACGGCCAUCUGUUCAUGAGGAGUAAAGGAAGAGACCUCAAAAGAGUAGUCUGCGGCGUCGCUCGCCAGAUUCACAUUAUGGCGGCACUGCACGACGGUACGACAGGUGGCCACAGAGGUGCAGAUACGACAUAUCUGAAGAUCCACGAGUUGUACUAUUGGGAUGGCAUGGGGCAGAUGAUUGAUGACUACUGUAAGUCCUGUGUACCAUGCCAGGAGCGAUCCUCUCUUCACCCAAGGUAUGUUCGUGAGGUUGGAGCCGUCGUACACCUGGACCUGCUAGCAAUGCCGUUGGGAAUAGGGAGCUACAACUUCAUCUUCGAUGCGCGGGACAACCUCUCUGGGUUUGUGGAUGGCAGGGCCAUUCGCACGAAGACUGGCGAGAUGCUGGCUCAGUGCAUUGAAGAGUAUUAUCUUCGCUAUCCCUUUGUUUUCAGGUUUGUGAUGGAUAGGGGGUCCGAAUUCACCUGUGUGGAAGUAAAGGCUCUUCUGAGGAAGUAUGGGGUGAUCGCUGAAUACACCACUGCGGCACAUCCUCAAGCUAAUGCACCUGUGGAGAGAGGGCAUAGCACCAUCACGAAUCUUCUUGCCAAGUGGACUUACGGCAGACCCAAUCAGUGGCCGAACUUUCUCAGAGUCGCUUUCUUCAUAGACAAUAUCACCGUCAGGAGAAGCACUGGCUAUGCACCGUCAGAGGUCCAAAGGUUCGAAAUCAAGGAACAACCUGCAGAGGAGGUCUUCAAGAAGGAAAAGGAAAUGGAGAAGGCAGACCAGCAGGAUGGUGAGGAAAUCCCUCUGAUCGACAAGGAGAUGUUGGAACCGUUAGAGACACUGGCAGAGGAAGGCACGAAGGUCGGAGAGGUCGAGUGGAGUAUGCCAGCUGGUCUGACACUGGAACAUGAGCCAGCAAUUCCACAGGAGGGACCACCAGUUGAGGCAAUGAGAGCUGGGGAGGUUUCACCUACCCUUCGGAAAGAGAUUGCGGGACAGCAGGAGGGUAAGGAAAAUGUGGGCCAGACCAUGGUUGGGACUGAGCAGAGAGUGGACCUGAGGGACUGUCAGGUGUCAACCAUGCUUCAGGAGGUGCCAAUUGCUAUAGAUUUGCGGGAUGUACUGGGAUCUUGGGCCACUGGGUCAGGGCCAGAGGGGCGUGUUGGGGAGUCGGGGAUGCCAGCAGAUGAUAGAGCAUCCUGCCCCGCUUCCUCAGGGGUCCCACAGCAGGAGGUUACGAGCAAGAUCUCAACAACCCCGUCAUCUGUACCCUCGCUGGAAAGAGAGAAGAUGACUCAGAAGAAACUUGGCAAGUGCUUCUAUUGCAAGAGGGGCAAACAUCGAUCUGAUGACUGCCCCAAGAGCCUCAAGGACGAGGCAAAUGGAUUGUGUACCAGGGAGUCAUCUGGGGUAUGGACAGAUAGAAAUGGAAACCUAGUCGCUAAGACUCGUGAUGGGGUAAGGGCGCAGUUGAAUAGACAGCUGCUGGAGGUCAUGAGUGAUCAGGAAUAUGAAUUUCUGAUAAGGUCCGGAAAGGUCUAAAGUCUAACAUAUGCGGGAUUUCUCUGACUCUCAGACUGAUGGCUACUUGUAUAUAGAGAGAUACGUGGAGGAUUGGAUCAGACCCAUGUACAUCAGUAGACUGAGCCAGUAGUGAGA